CGCAGUAGUAAACACCUCUCUCUCUCUCUCUCUCUCUCUCUCUCUCUCUCUCUCUCUCUCUCUCUUUGGUGAGGGGGUCACGUCGCUGCCAAGGCAUUUCAUAAAUGUUUGUGAUGUGUCACGCAAUAGAUGGAGCCUGCCAUUCAAUCGAAUGUCAACGGCGUGGAGACAUGCGCGAUGGAGACUCAGGACAUGGUGAAGGGUAUUGCAGGUGUCAGCAACGAAGGGAUAUCGGUCGGAGCAAACACCACGGACUKUGCAGUGGCCCUUGCGGGAAUYUGUGYGCAGGCUGCAGACUUGAGCACGGAKGRMGRCACGAGCGAUGAUGGUGCAGAGUGUCUUGUUCCAUAYGAGAAUGUUGAGAGGACGAGAGCAGGAGGACACUUCCCGUAUGACGUCAAUUGGGUGYCURGUYGUCUUCAACMGGGUACCGUUGGAGGAACGUCGUGCUUUGCGUUCAAAGUSAAUGGGGAAUGGGUUCCAUAUCCCGCCCCCACAGAGGCGUCGUGGAGGUGCGUGACUCUGUCAAUCAUCUUCGACAGAGUGCUGAGGUUGAACGAUGCGGCGACCCCUGAUGAGAAAUCACGGCAUGUGUUGAAACUAUGGCGUGUUCUGGACGCGAAGGGCGAUUUAAGGCUGAAUGAUUUUGAGUACGACAGUGUCGAGUGCGGAGAGUCAUGGGUGAUUGGCGGGUUGGACACUGCAGCGGGCUCGGUUUGUGCAGAGACUGAUGCCAGGAGGGAUCCACGGUUGGGUUGGGUGCCACAUGACGCCCCCCUUCUUUGUGGCCGUGUGAGGAUGCCCAUGCGUGAUGCCAUGGGCAAUGUAUGGACCGUGUGUUACAUAAACGACAGCUUCGUGUCCAGGCACCUGAACAGGGAGGUGACUGAAGAGGAGAAGAUGACGAUGGUUUGUCCCACCGCUGCUGCUCGUUGUUUUUCGCCGCCUCUUCGGAACCCUGUGGAGCUCGAGGUGGCAGAGGGGAAAGUGUUCGCGGGUGAGCAGGGGUACACAUACACGCAUGCCAGAGGGGAGGAAGCUACUGCUGAUGGAUUGUCCCCGCUAGUAUGGAACCCGCCCAACCUGAAGCCUGACGUUCUGGCUGCCAUGGACAUUACGGCCCAUGUCAUCCCUAAGGGGCAGUUGCAGCACCAUGGAUAUCGUGUGAAUUGGCUGCCAGGAUGUCUGGAUCCUGCAACAGUUGAUGGCAAGGUGACCAUGGUGGCCGAACUGCAGACAGGCCAUUGGCUGCCCUUGGGGUGGAUGCAUGCAGGCAUGGUGGAGCAGUGGCAGUUCCUGGUGGUACUGGCACGUGUGUCCAUUUUCAAUGUAGAUGUGAAGGAGCACGUUCUGGUUGUGGAGCAUACAAAGCGGUGCUGGGAGAAGAUAAGGGAGGAGGACCGUCAGAUGGUGUGCAUGGGUUACGACUCCAUGCCAGAGCAGGGGAUGUGGUCCAUGGUUGAUGGGAGUCCUGGUGGGCAAGGGCAGGGCGAUGGGGAGAACAUGUACAUGGCUCACAUCCGCCGCAGGCAUGGAUGCUCCGCCCAUGUUGGUUGGGUUCCGCCCGUAUGUCGCCUGACAUACGAGCAAGGUGGAGAGAUGACGAUUAGGUUCAAGGACCCGCUUGGUUUGCCGUUUCUGCUGACGUACUCGGAUGGCCUCCUGCGAGACAUUCGGUAUAUGGUGCACGAGGACACCCGAGGUGGACUUCAGAGGCCGGGACAGACGGAGGAGACGCGCCUGGGGCAUCAGGGUGGUUUGUCUGCUGAGGUGGAGGGCCCACGUGGCAGUGAGCGAGUUGCAGGGUGCUCUGCAGCGCAGGCUGACGUGGCCGGGCCCAGCAACACUGCGAUGUCCCACAGCCCGAGGAAGGUGAAAGGGGUUGUGCCGAGGCCACAGAGGGGGAAGCCGACUGGUGACAAGCGAAAGAAGAACCCCCAGCCUGAGCCACAGACUGGUGGCAAUGCAGAUGCGCCUCGCCGGGUCCAGAGACACCGCAGACACCCCGGGAUGGCAGCUCUGACAGAGAUCAGGAGGCUGCAGCGAUCCACCGACCUUUGUAUCCCUUUCAGGCCCUUCUUACGCCUCGUCCGCGAGGUGAUGGAGAAGGACAUUUCCCCUGUUCAGGCCGUGAGGUUCCAGAUGACGUCCGUGCGUGCUUUGAUGGAGGCUGCGGAGGCUUACCUGGUCGCCAACUUCGAGAACACAAACGAAGUGGCGAUCCACUCGAAGAGGGUGACCAUCCAAGUGAGGGAUAUGAGACUGGUGGAUAGGUUAACGAAGCCUCACUGGGUGGAGAAAUAUCAGGGGAUAUUGGACGAGAGGGCGAGGUCUGAGGACAGGCAGCGACGGAUGGACGCCAGACAGGCUGAGAGGGAAGACCGGGGAGCAGGCACGAAGAAGAGAAAGGCAUCGGCACCGAAUCGUAGGGGGGGUGGCGCAAGAAAGAAGGCUGCAUGAGAGACGGUGUGUGUGUGCUUUCGGAACGCUUGUCUUGUCUCUGUCUGUCAUGCUUACUCUUCGUGGUGUGAGGCGGGUUGAUUAGGUGCACAGAGAAAGAGAGAGAGAGAGAGAGAGAGAGAGAGAGAGAGAGAGAGAGAGAGAGAGAGAGAGAGAGAGAGAGAUGAGUUUUCGAACGUUGAAUAUCCUUUCUUUCAUCCACCUAUAGGUUUGCUUAUCAAUACAUUGCUAGCUUGCUAGGCUCUGAUGUGAAGCCCUUGGAGACGUCGUGAAUCAUGGAUAUCUGAAGGAGAGAAAAAGAACGACCUUGCUGCAUGGGUUUAGGUUCGAUGGUGUAGACUUUAAGAAGUAUUUCAAACAAAAUACAGUUGAACGU